AUGGACGCUUUUGAACGGUCAUAUGCCAAGCUCGUCAUGCCACAUUCCCGAAUUGUGAAAGUCGGCGUGCAGCUGGUUAAGAGAGACAAGGAUUGCCUGCGAGCAAUAGGCUGUGGGCUCCCUGUAUCAUUCAUGGCCACUAUGCUGAUCCAUCUGUUCCUCAGUUAUCCCACUCAGACGGGAUGGUUACCUUCUCCUUUGCUGUUCAUCCAUAUAAAGAACAUCCACAAGGGCAAGUACGGGAGCGAUUCUGAAUCCUAUGACACUGAAGGGAGGUAUGAUCGAUCGAAGUUCGAUGCCAUAUUCAGCAAGUACGGUCGAACCCAUCUGAAUGCUUUGACAAUACAUGAGUUGAUCACCAUGCUUAAAGGAAACCGCAAUGCGUAUGAUUUUCCUGGCUGGAUCGGUGCUGCGGGUGAAUGGUUCUUACUCUAUAGCGUGGCAAAGGAUAAGGAUGGUCUUUUGCAGCGUGAGACUGUCCGGGGCGCUUUCGAUGGCAGCCUGUUUGAGCGGCUGCAAGACUACAAGAAAUCCUCCUGA